CCUCUAUUAGUUCUCUAAGGAAUAACAUACAAAUGAUUUAACGCGUGACUGCCUCUGGUUAACCUCUGACCAGGUUAAAAGUUCCUAUUGGAAACUAAAGGUUCUUGUAAUUUACCUGCAUGUUCCUAUUUUGCACUUCCCCCAGAAACUAGCAAUAUGAAAAGAAUUGACUUCCUAGGUGAAGUCAGUACCCGUAACUUUAAACUGGACAAUGCUGCCCAUAGCUACACAGCUGAUUGCUUUCUGGCUCUCUGCAAAGGCAGCAGGUGCUAGUUUCCCCCCUGAAUCCCUUCCAUCCUCUCGCGAACUGAGAUUCAACCCUGAAAAGCUGGUUGUGUUGGUUGGUAAAAACGUCGAGAUGAGCUGUCAGCUUCAGUCUAGCCUAAACUUCGUUUGGUACCACUUGGCGCGAUCUUCAGACACAUACAAAACAGUCAGUUUGGGAGCAACCCUAGUUAUGAACUCUGCCAAGCUAGAAGAUUCUGGAGACUACAAAUGCAUAGCCUUCAAUCCCAAUGGAAAUCAAUCCAACUUGACCACUAACGUAGAUCUCCAGGUCUUAGAAAAGAUCUCUUUCCUCUCUGUGGUGGCCCACCCCAGCGACCUCUUUGUGUUUGAAGGCUACACCAUCACUCUGACAUGCCAGGCCACCACAUGGCCGCCCAUCAUCACCUGGAGCUGGUACAAAAGUACUGAGGAAGGGUCUAGCAUGGUGGGCCUUGGGAAGGAACUGAGCCUCUACAGAGUGGAGGAGAGUGGUGUGUACUACUGCCGUGCAAACAGUACAGUGCUGACAAUCAUUCAAGACGAAUACAGUGGCAAUAAAACAAUACACAUCAUCCCUAAACCAGCGGAGAUGAUACUGGCUUUAGCAGCAGUCAUUCUGGUGCUGCUGUCCUUGCUGUUCUUUGUACCGGUGGUUUUCUGGCUGUGGAGACAGCAGAGGCAAGCAACAGUGAACACACCAGCCAGCAAUGUGAAACAAAAAGGUAUCAAGAUGCCUUUUCCUGAGCCAGCAAAAGCUCCAAAGUGUAAAAAACAGCUGGACACACCCAAUGACGUGAUCUACAUGAACUACAAAGCAUCUGGAGAACUUCUAUCAUGACCUGACAUCCGACAGAACAUGGGAGGAAAACAGUUAUGACACCUUUAUGUGAAGAAGACCAGAAAACACUACUAAACUCACAAUCUACACAGCACCUGUUGUAUUAAUUGAAAUGUAGUUUUUUAACUCUGCAUUACAGCUUACUCUGGUGCACUUGUUUGAAAUUACCACAAAGACACCUUUCAAAGACAUAAUAAUUUCGUAGACUGUGGCAAUUUAUCAUUUCAUAUCCAUAUCAGAUGAGGCCUUUUCUUUUCCUGCAUUUGAAGCAUCUUCACUACAAUUUACACAGGAAUGCAAAAGUUAUUAGCUUAGGAUCUGUCUCUUCAGUACUUCCGAUCAGGGCCUGUAUACCAAGCUAUUCUAUUGUUUUAGUUUCAUCUCUUGCUGAAUAUGUUUAAAGAAGCAAAUCAACAUGUUAAGCAAAAUACUCACACGGUA